AGGCAGCAGCCCCAACACACAUGCACACACACACGCACACAAACGCGCACUUUACUUCCACAGUUUCUUUAUUUUCUGCGGAAAAAUUAGAAACGACACGAAAUUCGCAGUGAACGCGACGCUGAGGCGACGGAAAACCAGGGUAACAGCUACGGGAAAGGCCAGGGACUUGGAUCGGGCCGGGAACCGUCAUUGGUGUGGGUGAUAAGCGGCGUAUAUGAUGCUAGUAACUGGCAGCUAAUCCAUCGCCGUCCAAUAACCGAACGUAUUCGAUUUUCGAGUCGAGUCGGAGCUGCGAGUCAUCGUACGUGGCGCUAUUCGCACAAAUCGCCGGAUUCCGGAGACUCUGACGGUGGCCAUGACGGACGAAAAGGGUCUGCCGGAGAUGAAGGGCUGGCUGCUGAAGUGGACGAACUACAUCAAGGGCUAUCAGCGGCGCUGGUUCGUCCUGUCCAAGGGUGUCCUCAGCUAUUACCGCAACCAGUCGGAGAUAAAUCACACCUGUCGCGGUACGAUCUCUCUCCAUGGCGCCCUCAUUCACACGGUGGACUCGUGCACCUUUGUCAUCUCGAACGGUGGCACCCAGACCUUCCACAUCAAGGCCGGCACUGAGGUGGAGCGCCAGUCUUGGGUCACCGCCCUGGAACUGGCUAAGGCCAAGGCAAUACGGGCCAUUGAGAGCGAGGAGGAGGAAGAGACGGAGACAGCUCAAGUCGUUCCCAGCCAGGAGAUCAAUUCUGUGGUGCGCGAUCUCACGGAGCGGCUGGAAAACAUGCGCACCUGCUACGACUUAAUCACUAAGCAUGGUGCUGCUUUGCAGCGUGCCCUGAAUGAUUUGGAAACGAAUGAGGAGGAGUCGCUGGCCAGCAGAACCAAAAUUGUCAACGAGCGGGCCACCCUCUUCAGGAUCACUUCGAACGCCAUGAUUAAUGCCGGGAACGACUACCUGCACUCGGCAGAGGCGCAGGGCCAUAAAUGGUCUAAAAUGCUGCAUCAUGAGCGCGAGCAGCGACAGAGGCUUGAAGAGAUCGUGGAGCAAAUGGCCAAACAGCAGUCGCAGAUGGAGCAGGCCGCAGUGCUGGUGCGCCAAAAUAAGCCUGUACCGCCGAUGGUGCCCUCAAAUACCACGAUGUCCUUGAGCGCUGGCGGUGCAUCCGGCUCCGUAGUGACUUCCGACGAUGACAUGGAAUUCUUUGACGCCGAGGAGCAAGGCUACAGUCCCGUGGGUCCUAGUUCACCGCAAGACGAGCGAGAUCGCGGCACCUUCAUCCUGAAGCUGCACAAGCGGCGCAGCAGCAGCGAGGACCAGGUCGAGGGACUGCUUGAAGGCAGUUCCUCGGAAAGCGAUGAGCAGAAGCGGACCGUGCAGACAGUGCAGCAGACUGUGUGUCUGGUGAGUGCAAACCGGGAGCGGGUGACCUCUGGCGGCCAGGGAGACGACGACGACGUCGACAAGGCAGCAACGGCCAAAGUGAGCACCGACUCCAUCUACGGACGCAACUGGAAUCCUGACCUGAUGAAGAAGCGGCGUAACCGAGUACCGGACAAGCCCAACUAUCCCCUUAGCUUGUGGGGCAUCAUGAAGAACUGCAUUGGCAAGGACUUGUCCAAGAUUCCCAUGCCAGUGAACUUCAAUGAGCCACUCUCGAUGCUGCAGCGACUGGUGGAGGAUUACGAGUACUCGGAGAUAUUGGACCACGCCGCGAAGUGUCAGGAUGAGUGCGAACAGCUUGCCUAUCUGUCCGCCUUCAUUGUUUCCGCCUAUGCAACAACCUCGAACCGAAUCGGCAAGCCGUUCAACCCGCUGCUGGGAGAGACCUACGAGUGUGACCGGAUGGACGACUACGGGUGGCGCUGCCUGGCGGAACAGGUUUCCCACCAUCCUCCGAUAGCGGCUCUCCAUUGCGAGAGCAAAAACUGGGUCAGCUGGCAGGAGUUCUCGAUGACCAGCAAGUUCCGAGGAAAAUACGUCCAGAUUAAUCCACUGGGAGGUGUCUAUGUUAUGUUUACAAACAGUGGACGGCGCUACUCGUGGCGCAAGGUUACCACCACUGUGAACAACAUCAUUGUGGGCAAGUUGUGGGUGGACCAGCACGGCGAGAUGGAGAUCCGCGGAUCCCAGGCGGCCGAAGGCUACAAGUGCGUCCUGAACUUCGUGCCCUACUCCUAUUUCAGCCGUGAUGUACAGCGGAGCGUAAAGGGUGUGGUCAUGAACAAACAUAAUGAAGUCAAGUGGGUGGUGCGAGGAACCUGGGACAACAAGAUCGAAAUAGCGCCAGUGCUGAAGACGACUGGUCCUGCCAAUAGUCCGACACACACUACAGGCGACUACAAGCUGGCGUGGCGCCGUCGCCCGGCUCCGUCGGACUCCGACAAGUACUACAACUUUACAACGCUGGCUUGCCAACUGAACGAAGAGGAGGAGGGAGUGGCGCCAACGGACUGUCGUCGUCGGCCCGACCAGCGGCUGAUGGAGACGGGCAUGUGGGAUGAAUCGAACAAGGAGAAGCUACGCCUCGAAGAGAAACAGCGUACAAAGCGCAGGGAGCGAGAGGCUGAAGCGGAAAAGGCGGCGGCGGAGGGCACACCAUAUCCUGCCUACGAGCCCAUGUGGUUCAAGCGUGAGAAGGAGGAGGGCACCGAAAACUAUGUGCAUGUGUUUAAGAACACCUACUGGGAAGCAAAGGAAGCGCAGCGGUGGGAAGGUUGCCCGGACAUUUAUUGAGGGGGUUUGUCGUGACUAUCAUGGGUACAACACCGCCACAGAGAAGCCUUAGCGAAUAUUCUAAAAGAUUUCAAAUAUGCAGCCUCCACAUCACCAAACACACACCCACACCGCACACACCACUCCGGAAAUAUCAAGCGGAGCAGCACAUACGCAUAUAUAGUAGUACACACUUCGAUCUAGUGCAUAUAUAUAAAUUAAUUCCUGUAAACUAACCGAGUUUGAGUCGCGUCUUUGCAUCGAAAGUUACACUAAAUUCGUCGUUCAGUUAUGUUAUGACUUUUAGUUCCCCAUUCCCAAUCGCUUUUCUAAAGACUAGAGGUACUUUCCUUUAUGCAAAUUCUAUGUUUCGCCUUUUGUUGUGUAUAUAUAUAAAUAUAUCGAACGGAUUCGGGGGACAGACAACUACCGAGGGCCGAGAAACAAGCGGGAGAAUAUGUUAAAUGUUAUAAAUUUAUGCAAUUUAUUAUUAAAGUAUUAUUUAAAUAAA